AUGGAUGAGUUGUGCGGUAGUAGUGCUCUAUUAACCACCAAUACAAGUAAUCAUCAUCAUCAUCAUCAUCAUCAUCACUCUAUUAGCUCAUUGAUACAACGAAAUGAAGCACAGCAUGGACAUAUAAAAAUUCCGGAUUUGAUUACUUCUCCGGUAGCAUCAGGAGCUCAUCAACAGCAUAGUGAUGGAAAUAGACGUCGGGAUAGAGAGUCAAAAAAACAGAGGCGCAAUAGAACAACUUUCACAACAUUUCAGCUUCAUGAAUUGGAGCAAGCAUUUGAAAGAUGCCAUUAUCCGGAUGUUUAUGCCAGAGAGCUAUUGGCCCAAAAAGUGAAACUUCCUGAAGUUCGUGUUCAGGUAUGGUUCCAAAAUCGGCGUGCCAAAUGGCGUCGUCAGGAUAAGGCGGAAAGUAGUGCAAUUGCUGAUUUACCACCUGUGCGGCACAAUACACCAGGAAUACCGUCAUGGGCAUGGAUGACUCAUCCGGAUGAUUUUUCUGGUCUAAUGAAUCCAUUCGUUCCACAGUCAAAUGGUUUACCGGGCCCGGAUAUGGUUAUGAAGCCACCUUCAUCUUUUUGUUUCGGAUAUUUGCCAACGGCGGCGCCUGCAGCAAACACGUAUACAGGCAUAACAGGUUCCGGAAUUAGUGGUACGCAAUCGUUUCCUGAUACUGAACUACAAGAAGGAAUCCAUAGUGAACAGAAGAACAUCUAUUCUAAUAAUAUGAUUGUCUAA